AUGUUCAAAAACUUCAAAGCAAGAAAUGCGUCGCUAUUCGAGUCCAAACGAUCCAAUACACCUGCUGCCGCGGGCGAUGAUCGUGGACAAGAUCUGACGUCAAUCCUGGACCGGUCGCAACGCGCCGACCUCACAGUCUUGGUAGCGGAGAUCGCGGAAUCAAUGCGAGUUGGACUUCUUGAGAUAUUCGAGAAUCCCCAGCCAAUCUCUACAACAAAUGAAUAUUCUCCAGAUCAGAGCCCCGGUUCUGAAAAGAAGGAGGAAGCACCACCGCUACCUACCAGGCCACAGGAUGAAUCAAGUCCAGCCUCGGGAGAGAGCGCGAUACCGCGAGAACAGCGACAACGACCCCCUCCUAGGAGGAAUGCUACUGUGGCGGCGGCUAAAGCCCGCGCUAAGAAGAAGACGGUCGCCCAUUUUGAAAAUUGGAGAGAUGCGGUUCUAUUACGAAUUGGUCAGGUCGUUAACAAGGACGAUGAGGUCCAAGAAAAGGACAGCUCGGAUGCUGCCAAAUCUGAUGAUAUCCCAUUAGAGGAGGACAAAGAGAGAAUGGACAAACUUCGCCAAGUUUACCACCCUAUCGAGACACCACUACUCCAGCUUCCGAAAACUACCAGGCUGCUCAUUCUGCAUUCUCUUCUACUACUGCUGCUCAGUUUGAAGCACUACAGCGCAUACUCUCGGGUACUGUUGCUGUAUGUCUCGUCCAGCUUGGAGAUUGAUGUGAAAGUACUCAACGAGAAUGAAGUCAAAGUGGCACGAGGGCUUCUAGACACAGUUCUGGCACUUUCACAAGAGCCAGAGAACAAAGCAGAACCUAAGAAGAAAGACAAUAGUCGAGCAUGGAAAGUCGGCAUUGCAUCCGUCGCUGGUGCUGCUCUCAUCGGCAUCACUGGUGGUCUCGCAGCGCCUCUGGUAGCUGCGGGAAUUGGAGGCAUCAUGGGCGGACUCGGCCUUGGUGCCACUGCAGCAGCUGGGUAUCUAGGUGCUCUUGCUGGUAGCAGCGUGUUAGUUGGCGGUCUUUUUGGUGCCUAUGGCGGCCGUAUGACUGGUCGCAUGAUGGACCAGUAUGCCCGCGAGGUUGAAGACUUUGCAUUCAUUCCAAUUCGAGGAGCUCGGAAGCAAAAAACGGAGAAUGAAAGUGAGGCUGCUCAACAAGAUCACCGUCUUCGUGUCACAAUUGGCGUUACCGGAUGGGUAAAAGAAGAGUCAGACUUUGUGAUUCCAUGGCGUGUCGUCGGGGCAGACUCGGAGGUGUUUGCCCUGCGCUGGGAGACUGAAUCCCUGUUGAAUCUUGGAAAUGCGAUUUCUGCGCUGGUAACUAGUGCUGCAUGGUCGGUCGCUGGACGAGAGAUCCUUAGUCGAACAUUCUUUGCGGCCAUCAUGAGUGCGGUGAUGCUCCCAGUGGGUCUCAUGAAAGUCGCCCGUGUGGUUGAUAACCCUUUCAGUGUUGCCAAGUCUCGAGCUGACAAGGCUGGCGAGGUUCUGGCCAACGCACUUAUUGAUAAAGCCCAAGGUGAACGACCCGUUACGUUGAUUGGUUAUUCCCUUGGAUCUCGCCUGAUUUACUCUUGUCUGCAAAGUCUAUGUCGGCGGGGGGCAUACGGGCUCGUCGAGUCCGUCAUCCUCAUGGGAUCUCCGACCCCGUCAGAUGGUGAGGCUUGGCGCCGUAUUCGCAGUGUCGUGAGUGGCAGAGUUGUCAAUGUUUACUCUGAGAAUGAUUCAGUUCUUGCGUUCCUCUAUCGGACCAGCAGUCUUCAGUAUGGUGUUGCCGGGCUACAGCCCAUCGAAGGCGUUCCUGGUGUCGAGAACCUCAAUUUCAGUGAGAAGAUUAGUGGCCACCUUCGGUACCAGUACCUGCUCGGAAGCAUUCUCACGUCCAUUGGGCUACAAGAUCUUGACCAGAGUGAGAUUGAACGUGAAGAAGCUGCAUUGGCAGAUGAAGACAAGAAACAAGAAGAAGAGCGAAUUCGCAAUGAGCGAGAAGCCGGAGUGAAAGAAGAGGAUCCGUCUGCUGCAGCUGAGAAGCUCAAUAGUGAGGGAGGCUUUGAGGAAGAGGGUCGAAUGCAGAAGCAGGUCAAAACACUGACCGAGGAGCAGAUGACCCAUCAUCGGAUACAGAUGCUGGAUUUAGAUGAUGAUGAUUACUCUUCGCCUUUACCUGACCAGUCGGGGAAAUAUUCAGCUAUCUAG